AUGCCUCCCCGGUCAUUACUUGGAUUAUCAGCUCUGUCUGUGCAUGCUUAUCGAUCAUUUUCCCGGAAUUCCCAAGAAUUUCGAAAAAAGACGGUACUGUACUAUUCCGGGGCCUGUGGUGUUUUCAUGUUGGGUCUGGGGUAUGCUGGGGUGCCCCUCUACCGUAUAUAUUGUGCCAAAAGCGGUAGCGGAUCGAAUACCGAGGGGGCUCGCGUCACAAGUUCUGACAUAGUUGCAGCGAUGAAACCGGUUCGGAAUCGAAAGAUAACUGUGGAGUUUUCUGCCGAUACUUAUUCCCACAUGGCAUGGAAUUUCAAGCCUUCACAGAGAAGGCUUACGAUCGUACCUGGCGAGACAGCUCUGGCCUUUUAUACUGCAAAGAACCCGACUUCCAGGCCCAUUGUAGGCAUUGCCACGUACACCGUUUUGCCUCUGGAAGCUGCCAAGUAUUUUAACAAAAUACAGUGCUUCUGCUUUGAAGAACAGCGCCUAAAUCCUGACGAGGAGGUGGACUUGCCCGUCUUCUUUUUCCUUGACCCUGAGUUCGACAAUGACCCACGGCUGAUGCGUACCAAUCGGAUUACCCUGCACUACACGUUCUUUGAAGCAAAGAAGGAGAAACUCAUGGUCCCUGGCAUCUCGAAGCCAGUUCUUGAGGAUGUUGCCUAG